ACUGCGCGAAAUACAAAGCGACAAGAGAAGGUUUCGGCGCCGGUUGCGCUUCAGUAAGCCAGUCAAAGCUAUGCGAAUAACAGCACCACCAGCCAGUUGGUGUAUAUUUUAUCCUCGCUGAUCGACUCUCCUCUUCGGCAAUGGAGUACGGGAAGGAGAGAGUGGUAGCUUUAGUGGACAUGGACUGCUUUUACGUGCAGGUGGAGCAGAGGCUCAACCCAGCUCUGAAGAACACUCCCUGUGUGGUGGCCCAGUACAAGACGUGGAAAGGAGGCAGUAUCAUAGCUGUGAGCUACGAGGCCAGGGCCCAUGGCGUCACCAGGAACAUGUGGGUGGACGAUGCAAAGAAACUGUGCCAGGAUCUCCAGGUGGCACGAGUGCGUGAGUCUCAUGGCAAGGCAGACCUGACACAUUACAGGGAGGCAAGCGUGGAGGUGAUUGAGGUCAUGUCCCGCUUCGCUGUGAUUGAGAGAGCCAGCAUUGAUGAAGCCUACAUGGAUCUGACUGCUGUGGUCCAGCAGCGACUGAAAAACAUGACCGAUAGUCAAAUUGAGCCUCACCUGCUGAAGACGACCUACAUCCAGGGGUACCCACAAAGCUCACCUGAACAGGAAGAAUCUGCCGAAGAAUCUGCCUUGGAUAAAGAGGAGCAGAGGUCCAGAGGUCUCCAGCAGUGGCUGGCAUCCUUACCUGUCCCUCUAUUAGGGGAACAGAACUCUGCAGAACUGCAGCUAACUCUGGGGGCAAUCAUUGUAGAGGAAAUGAGAGCAGCUGUAGAGAAACACACAGGUUUCCGCUGUUCAGCAGGUAUAUCACACAACAAGGUAUUGGCCAAACUAGCUUGUGGUCUGAACAAACCCAACAGACAAACUGUUCUGCCUUUGGACUCUGUGACAGAACUUUUCAACUCUCUUCCCAUCGGCAAGAUCCGUAACCUGGGGGGUAAGCUGGGUGCCUCCAUUACAGAAACUCUGGGAAUAGAGAACAUGGGGGAUCUGACUCGCUUCUCUCAGGCUGAACUGGGACAGCACUUUGGAGAAAAGACAGGCCAGUGGCUGUAUGACUUGUGUCGGGGGAUUGAGUUUGAAGCAGUGAAACCCAGGCAGCUUCCUAAAUCCAUUGGCUGCAGUAAAAACUUCCCCGGGAAGACAUCGCUGGCUACAAAAGAGCAGGUACAAUAUUGGCUUCAUCAACUGGCCCUUGAGCUGGAGGAGAGACUUACUAAGGACAGAGAAGUGAAUGGUCGUGUGGCUAAAUUGUUGACGGUUGGUGUACGUCAGAUGGGGGACAAGAGGCCGAGCAGCUUCUCUCGCUGUUGUGCCUUAGUGCGCUACGAAGCGACCAAACUGUCCGCCGACAGCUUUGCCAUCAUCAAGAGUCUCAACACGGCAGGAAACCACCAGGCAGCAUGGACUCCACCCCUCACCCUGCUCCUCCUCUCAGCGAGCAAAUUCAGUGACGCUCCGUCAGCAGGCGGCAUUGCCGGCUUUCUUUCCAGUGAUGUCACUUCAACCCAAAGUCUUCUCUCUUCCACUCAGCCCUCGACCCAGACACCUGCUGAACUGAAAAACGACUUGGCAUGCAAAGGACCAGGCACCAUCCAGUCGUUCUUUCAAAAGGCAGCUGGGAAACAAAGGCAGAAGGUUACAAAAGGCGUAGAGGAGGAUGAUACAGGAUCGACAGGGAUUCUCCCAGCUUCCUCAUCUCACAAAACCUCAGCCACUGAAAGUCAGUUGGAGACCAAUUGCUCUGGUCCUAAAAAUGGUUCAGCCAGCCCCCAGUCUGGCAUUUCCUCGUUCUUCCACAAGAAGAGUCUUGAAAGAAGCUCACAGGCCUCAGCAUCAAACAAACCUCAAAUGGGACAUGAGCCUGGACCUGACAGUAAAGACGACUCAGAUGACACUGCUGCUGCUGUGUCAGGCCCACAGGAGAAACAUAACUCAUCUCAGCAGCCAGAAGAGUUAAGAGAUGAGCUGAACACGGAUCCAGAUGUAGAUCACCAGUCUUCCACUGUGGCCAGCGAAGACCUGGUGAACUGUGAACGCUGUGGCCAGGAGGUGUCGGUUUGGGAAAUGCCUGAACACAAUGACUAUCACUUUGCUUUGGAUCUCCAGAAUUCAUUCUCUUCAUCCACAAAUUCAGCACCCACCUCUUCUUCUGCUGUCUCUUCUACCUCCAGCAUCUCUCUAACUCCUCUCAGAGCCCAGUCGGCACGAGGCAAGACAAAAACCAGAGGCCAGUCAGGACCACAGCCGAAAAGACAUCGCUCCCAAGGUGGAAGUACGGGCACUCUGGAUUCUUUUUUCAAGAAGAACUGAGGAUGUUCAUCUUUCCUCUGCUGUUGGCGCUGCUCUGCUUCAAACUUGGACUCAAGUGCUGCUGCUUUUCAGCCUUUUAAGAUGUGUUUUUAAACCAAAUAAAAUACAAACCUGACAAUGCAUAUGCAUAUCACAGACAUGCAAAUACAGUUAAUGUUUACGCUCAAAGAAUGGAAACCUAUCUUGUAACGGGAUACACAAGGGCUUGUUUUAGUAAAUAAGUGUUUAAUUACUUAAAGUGCUUAUUUAUGUACUUUGUUCUCAUAUGGUUUUUAUUAUAAAAUGACAUGCAAUACUGUGAAGGAAUAAUUUUAUAAAUCAGAGUAUAUUAAAGACACUUUUUAAAAUUUUGUGUGUGAUGUAGUAUUCUGAUGUGCCAGCAGAUGCCGCUAAUCACUUGAAUAUAGAGCAGGAUGAUGUUUCCUUGUGAGCUCAAGAGAUACAGACAGUGUGUGAGUGUUUGUCCUUUGUGAAACGAGAGUACAUAUUUGAAAUGCACGGUUGCCAGUAGGAUGAGAGCAGUUGCACCAUUAUGAGCGGAGUCCUGUUUUGUUUUCAUUUUCCUACCAUGGUGAACCCUAUUGUUCUGUGGCGCUGGAGCAUUGAAAGACAGCUGAACGAGGACUUUAUUCUUGCGUCAGCUUGCAUCAGCUGGGGAGCAGAUUAGAAGGAACAGGGCCAGGGAAAUGAAAUAACGACUCCUUUUAUAAAUCAAUUUUGCGUGGUGAGUCAUGACUUUGUGACAUGUGAGCCAGAGGACAACACACUGGGUGUGGGACGGCAUGGUUCAAAACGCUGGGCAAUUGUAAGAUGACAAAAUGACAAAAUUCAACACCUGCUAAGGAGACAAUAAAACUUUUAUUCAUGUACAUCAUGAUACACAAAUUGGAUCUGUACAUAAAUAUUGCAUUUCACCCAAAUAAUCAAAAUAUUACGCUUUCAAUUAAAGGGAAAAGGUCUUAAACGUGAUCGGAAAAAAGUGGAGAUGUGUUGGUGUCGUUAAGAAUAUUGCGAAAACAGUGAAAAACAUUAUAGAAUAAAUUGUAACACCUGAAACUACUAGAAAUCUAUAAAAUACUUCUCAGAUGCAUUAAAACAAACUUAUAACACCUGAUAACUCUUCAUAAAGGCUAUAAAAUAUUUUGGUUGAAAUGCGUUCUUAGUUUUCCUCUCUUUGAGUGCACAACAAAAUGGGUGCAACAAAACGGCACACAUCCCAGUUGUCCUCUCUGUCACUGAUGUCAGCGGGACAACAAAUCUAUAAGUCACAUCAACAUGCUAUAAUAAGACAUGAUAAGGCCAACAGCGGCCUUGAACACAGACGAGUAACCGACAUUCAUUUUCAAAGUCGUCUAAAUAUAAAAAGCUGAUUCGAUUAGUAGCACCAACUUAGAUUUUUUUUUUUAGUUGUAAAACUUUGGGGUGUGAUGGUGGGCUACUCAAACAGUAGUUCCAUUAGGCACUGUGUUAAACCCCCUCAAAGUUAGUGACAUCAGUAACUUAAGUGAAGAGACGACAUCAAGUACCUCCAACACAUUGCUUUAAAACAAAGCAGCAUCAGUAGGCAGCUUCAAGAACUAUAUAAUCGAUAUUCAAACAUCUCUUUGGGAAAACACCUUUGUCUUUUUUCCCCCUUAAACCUCCCUCCCCCCCCCAAGUCAGCAACAGAAACCUCCACUGGAGUAGUUCUGUGAACGUGGAAUGCUGUCUAAUAUCUAAACUGACCUGAGUAACUAAAGCACUUGAAAGAUAGGCAGCAAGAUCGUUACCAUCUCAGUGCGCUAUCGUGAGGCAUUAUUUGUGAAUAAAAAACAGAAUUCUCACAGACAUAUGUGACAUAACAAAACCACUUACAAGGUGAUCGCCAACAUGAGUCAUCUUGGCAAACUGGGUCAAGUUCUAUCUUUGCAUACCUAUGCUCUCCUUUACCUUCAUAAAGUGCCGUUGUCAGCAAUAUUAUAGCUUGAAGCAAGAUGAUUUAGCUUAUAUACAACUGACAAGUAUCUCAGUCUUUUAACUAUCUCACAUACCUCAAUAGCUGUUACUUAAAUAAGAUGAUUUAAGGGUAUUCAAAUCCAGUGAGGCUUGUCCUUAUCAGUCAGGCACUAUGCUGGUCACACAGACAAGCUGCUGUGGGGUGACACUGGGUGAUACACCUUAAUGUCCAAGCAUCUCAUACUUUAACUGUAAACGAGUAUCCGCUAAAGGUAUAUCAACACUGGCAUUUUAGGUUUCAGUGCAAGUGUGUGUGGGCCUCUCUUCUCAAAGUGUGUGUUAGGAGUGCAUUUAGGUGUAAACUGUGUAAGCAGCACUUCAACGUUGCAAGCAAUUUCCUUGACAAUAUCACUUUGGUGGAUGUUGCUAAGUGAGUGUGUUAAAGAGGCGGCUGAGGGCUUUCCUCUUAUCAGUGCCGUGAAAAGCAACACUCUUUAAACCUCAAAACCAGAAAGCAGAAUAAAA